AUGUUUGCGUGGGUAGUACCAUUAAUCGCUACUGGUCUGUUGACUACAACAGCCACCGGCGAUAAAAUCAACAACACGCCAUUCCCCAAAGACUUCCUCUUCGGUACUUCGACAGCCGCGUACCAAAUCGAAGGUGCUUGGAACACUCAUGGCAAAGGCGAGAUCAACUGGGACAGGUUCAUCAGCGCCAAUCCCGCUCUAAUACCCGACAACGCUACUGCCAAAGUAGCCUGCGACUCGUACCACCGGUACCUCGAGGACGUCGAACAGCUGAAACAAUCCGGCAGCCAGUUUUACAGGAUGUCCAUAGCGUGGAGCAGGAUUCUACCGCACGGCUUCACGAACAAGAUCAACGAAGAAGGUGUACAAUAUUACAAAAGGCUGUUCGCGGAGCUGAACAGGAACAACAUAGUACCGUUCGUGACCAUCUACCACUUCGAUACGCCGCAGGCCAUCGAGGAUUUGGGCGGUUGGACCAACUCGGACAUAGUGACGUGGUACGGCGACUACGCCAGGCUGUUGUUCCGGCUCUUCGGCGACGACGUCAAGUACUGGAUGACGGUGAACGAGCCGAAGCAGUCCUGUCACUUCGGCUACGGCACCGGGUUCUUCGCGCCCGGUACCAAAUCGCCGGGCGUCGGCGAGUACGAAUGCGUCAAGAACAUCAUCAUGGCGCACGCCACCGCCUGGAGGAUCUACGACGAGGAAUUCAGAUCGACGCAGAACGGUCAAGUCGGCGUGGUCAUCGACACCGUUUGGUACGAACCCGACAACGUCACCGAGGUCAGCAGCGUGCUAGCUUCGGAAUUCAUGAUGCACUUUACGUACGGCCUGUACGCCAAUCCCAUCGUGUUCGGGGACUUCCCCGACGUGGUGAAGGAGCGCGUGGCGAGGCGCAGCGCCGCGCAAGGCUUCCCCAGGUCCAGGCUGCCGGUGUUCACCGAAGAGGAGCAGCGGCUGGUGAAGGGUACUUUCGAUUUCCUCGGUUUGAACUACUACUCGACCUUGAUGAUCCGAAGAGAUCCGAACGCCGAUCCGCACGGGAAAGGGUACGACGGAGACAACGAGGUCUUCACCUACUUCGAUGACAGCUGGCCGAUGCCGGCGAAGAAGAACAUGAGGGUGGUACCGUGGGGGAUGAGGAAGUGUUUGAAGUGGAUCCAAAGGGUGUACGGUAACCCGCCUGUUUACAUUACCGAGAACGGUUACCCCGGUAACAGAACGUUGGACGACGUGGAGAGGAUCGACUUCAUCCAAAGUCACCUGAGCAGCGUUAAAGACGCAAUGGACAUAGAUGGAGCGAACGUGAAAGGGUACUCUUAUUGGAGCAUAAUGGACAAUUUCGAAUGGAGGUUCGGGUACUCGGUGACGUUCGGUUUGUUCGAUGUGGAUUUCGAAACUCAAAAUCGUACCGCCAGGAAGUCUUUGGAGUACUACAGGAAAGUGAUUAGUACCAGGUGUUUGGUCGAAAAAUGCCAGGAUUCCGUCGGUGACAAUUCAUUGUGA